CGAGGAUCGACGAUUGCUCGCGUCUAACCAAUAUGGCGGAACACGGCUAGCGGUCGAGUGUUCCCUUCUCCUUUUUGCCCUUUCUCCUUCGCCGCUUCGGGCAAAUUUGUGGAUUGAAACCAACAACAUGUUGUUGAAUAUAGCUCGAAGGACCGCUCUGAGGUGUUCGGUGGGCGUUUUGAGGGAAAGUGCCCAACCGGCGUGCUCCUCGGCGUUGCUCUCGGGACACAAAGUCAGCAGCGCGCCAGCCCGACAUUAUGCUCGCACUGCAAAGAAAAAGGUGCAAGGUCCCGAGAGCCAACUCAGCGACCUCUCUCCGGCUAUGCUGAAGUUGGAUUACGACGCCGUACCCCUGGCUCAAACGACGGACGAUGUUGUCAAAAGACUUCUUUCGUUGGAGUUGGCGAGUCACAGUGAAAAGCUGGCGCUGAAAAAAGAGCAGCUGAUUGCCAAGGUGCAACGGGACGAGAGCGACCGCAGCUCGGUGGAAGUUCAAGUGGCCAUUUUGACGGCGAGAAUCCGCAACUUGCAGGAGCACUUGCUCAAACAUCACAAGGACAAGGCCAACAAGAGACGCAUGCUCAUGGCCAUUGACAAGAGGAAGAAGUUGCUGAAGAACCUGCGGCUGGAGCGCUACGACGCCUUUGAGAAUGUGUGCGAGCAGCUGGGCAUCACCUACACCUUCCCGCCCGAGUACUACAGGAGGGCCACUCGACGUUGGCUGGCCAAAAAAGCCUUCUGCAUCAAGGUCUUCCAGGAGGUGCAGAAGCAGAAAGCCGAGCAGAAGCUGAAACUGAAGCAAAGCGCAGAAGCGGCUGAGACGCAAACUGCCAGUCAGUAGAUGCCUUUUUAUUUUACAGCACUUGGGUGUCCAAACUACAGCUUUGAGACCCAUUUACGGCCCGCUGGUCAUUUUGAUGCAUCCCACGGCAAAGUCACAGGUUUUCAGCUCUGGUUUUCAAAAUCCACUGUCACAACUUUUUUUUAAAAAAUAUAUUUCAUACUUGAUAAGUGGGACUGCACUCCAGAAACACAACCAUGUGCAUGCAAGCCGUUGAAGAAUCCAGUUUCCAUAAACUAUCCCUCUCAGUGGACUAUGUGAAUGAUGCAAAAGAGGAAAACAGAAAAAGCUGCACCGUUUCAUCCGAGAAUCACCGCAAAGAUCUUGUCAUCCUUUUCAGCCGUUUAAGUUUCACCAAUAAAGGUUUCUUAACCUGAACUUCAAA